GGAAAAGGGUUUGGAAAGGAGGUUCUGGGGGGAAAACGGGGAGCAGCUCCAGCUUCCUCCGAAAUAUUUCUCUGUCCCUCUGGAGCUUCCCCCCUCCAUCCUCUGAUCCUUUGACUUCCCAGCUGGAAUGUCGGAAGCCACACGGGAAAUCUUGGGAAAAAGGGGGAAAAAUAGGGAUGCAGGUGAAAGCUGAGCAAGAAAUUCCAUUUAUUAAGUAGAAUCCUGGGAUGAUUUUGGUUGGAAAAGAUGGGUAAAUCAUCAAAUCCAGCCCCAAAUUCCCUCAGCACAUUCCUAAAAGCCAUUGGAGUGUCUUGGCUUGGGGUUUUUUUUUCCCUUUUACUUGCCUCAUUUCCCAUAUUUUGAGGAAAUUGGGAUGUUGGAAAACAGCCUCCCCAGGGAGCUGAGUGGUUUUUAACUCUGCUGAGCUGAAAAGGAGGAAGCAGCACGUCCAUAAAAUCAUCCAGCUGAGGGAAAAACCCCACAAAUCAUCCAAUCCAAGCGUUAUCCCAAAAAAUAACCAGGCUGAUCCUUGGGUCCUGCCCUGAAAGGGAAAUGGAGCAUUUGUUUGGGGACGUGUUAAAUAGAAAUAAAUAAAUAAAAGGAAGCAAAAGUGAAACUGCUGACGCUGGCAGGAGGGAGCUCAGCCCUUCCUGCUGGAUUUGGGUUCUUUUGUGGGAAAAAAAUUGCAUUUAUUGGGGCUUUUUUGGGGUUUUUUUUUGUGGCCAGAAGAGAGGAGUUUGUGCCUAUUCCAAGUAAGGUUUGGUUAUUUUAUGGGAAUAAUUCCCAGGAUUUAUUUUUUUUUUUAAACUGCAAAUGGGUUAAAUUUCCUCCCCUAAAGGAUGAUCCCAGCUUGGAAAGUUUGGGUGGUUGAAUGUUGGAUCCAGGGUGUGAGGAGCAAGGCUUGUUCUUUAAAAUGUUUAAAAGUUUAAUAAGGGAUAAAAGGAUUCCAUAAAUUCCAUGAAAAAGAGUUUUCUUAACUGAUUUCCUCGCUGGGAAAGGCCACCCCCAGCUUCCCUGGGAAUUCCCUGGCAGCCAGGAAUUCCUUCCCCACACCCCAGCUGGCUCUGCUCUCAGGAGAGCCCCUGAGGCUGGGGCCUCUCCCAGUGGCCGCUCUGGGUUUUCCCUGCAGCCUCCGCCGUGCCGGGGAUGAGGAGCUCCCGGCGCAGGCGGCUCACAGCCCCCGAGUGCGCCGCGCUCGCCCGCAGCCCCGAGGGCUCGGCCCCGCUGCGGCAGCCCCUGCGCCUGGGCACAGGAGGGGGAAACCGCGGCCUUCAUCCCGUCCACGGGACACGGAGACAUCCCAGAGCAGCAGGCCAGCAGAGGAAAAUCCUGGAUUUCUUUGGGAUCCUGAAGGCGCCGCGAGCGGGAGCUGCCGCCAUGCAGAGCUGUGGGAUCAAGGAAGAGCCGCUGGAUCCCUUUCCCCCCGCGCCUCCCGCUUCCUUCAGCAGCCCCUCCCUUUCCCUGCCUCCCCAGCACUUGCUGCCACCUCCCAGGGGACAUUCCAGGAAAAGAGCAAUUCCCAAGCCAGAGCAGGAUCUCUGGGAGGAGCCUGAGGAGAAGAUUCCAGAGCUCAGCGGGAUCAAGCAGGAGUGGGAAGAGCUGGAAGUGGAACCCCUUCCCGAUUCCCACUACGGGCUCCUGGGCACUCAGAGCUGGCAGGUUCCUCAGGGAUCCAUGGAUGAUCUUCCUCCUGAAAUCCUCAGGAAUAUUUUUGCUUUCCUGCCAGUGCUGGAUCUGUACCAGAACCUCAGCCUGGUGUGUCGCUGCUGGAGGGAGAUAAUCCAGGAUCCACGGUUUAUCCCUUGGAAAAAGCUCUACCACCAGUACCUGAAGAGGGAGGACUCAGCCCUGCAGAGAGUUGAGCAGAUCCUGCAGGAAUUUUCCAUAACCAAGGAGCAGCAGGGAUGUGUGCUGGGGCUGGUCAGGUUGGUGUCAUCCACAGGACCCAAGGUGGAUCCCAGCGUGCUUCUCCAGGCUUUGGGAAGUCAUCCCCUCUUCCCAAAGGCUCAAGUCUGUGUCCUCAGCAGAUUCCCAGAUUUACAGAGCAAGCCUGGGCCAGAGAAGAUGUGGGCGAUCUUUGCUGUCAUGGUGCUGUUCUCCGACGGCGUCGGUGACAUCCGGAGGCUCCUGGAAUGUUUCCGGAGCCCCCGCUCGCAGCUGGCCGUGCUGGAGGUCACCGAGGUGCUCCACUGCAUGGCCACGCUGCUCCUGGCCAUGAGGAACAAGAGCAUUCCCAUCUCCAACAGGAUUCACUACAAUAUUUUCUACUGUUUGUAUCUGAUGGAAAAUGCCUCUGGAAUUGUGCAGCCUCUGGAAGAGAGAAGAGUGAAUUUGUGUUCCAGUGGAUGGGCUGAUGUCAAACUGACCCAUGAACAGCAGAGGAUUUUGAGUCACAAAAUUGAGCCUGGCCAAACAGUGAAAAUAAUGGCAUUUGCAGGCACGGGGAAAACCUCAACCUUGGUCAAGUACGCGGAGAAAUUCUCAGAGCUGAAAUUCCUUUACCUGGCUUUUAACAAAGCUGUGGCAGAGAAGGGGAAAAAGGUUUUUCCAAGGAAUGUCACCUGCAAGACCUUCCACUCCUUGGCUUUUGGAAGCAUUGGGAGACACUACAAAGAGAAAGGCAAGCUGAACUUCUCCAAGAUGUCCGUUUAUUCCAUCAGCUUCCUCCUCCGGAACAGGGAGGGCCAAUCCCUGUUUGUAAGAGGGAAAACAGUGUCCCAAACCUUGGAAAACUUCUUCUCCUCCUCAGAUGAGGAGAUCUGCGAGGAGCACGCGCCCGCGUGGUUCAAAAACACUCACGGACAGAUGCAGCUCGUGAGCCGAGAGGAAAAGAGAAUCAACGUGGAAGAGGCCAAAGAGAUUUGGCACAACAUGAAGAAGCUGGAUGGAGAUGCACAGAAGAAAUACAAGAUGACUUGUGAUGGAUAUUUGAAACUUUGGCAGCUCAGCAAGCCCCAGCUUUCGGGAUACGAUGCCAUUUUUGUGGAUGAAGCCCAGGAUUGCACUCCAGCCAUUGUGGAUAUUGUGCAAUCCCAAAAAUGUGGGAAAAUCCUGGUGGGAGACCCUCACCAGCAGAUCUACACCUUCCGAGGGGCCGUCAACACCCUCUACUUGGUGCCUCACACCCACGUGUACUACCUGACCCAGAGUUUCCGCUUCGGCCCCGAGAUCGCCUACGUGGGAUCCACGAUCCUGGAUGUGUGCAAAGGGAUCCGCAGUAAAACCCUGGUGGGAGGAAACCAAAAGGGGGACGUGAGGGGAGGCCGUGAGGGGAAGGUGGCGCUGCUGUCCCGGAGCAACUGGAACGUGUUUGAGGACGCCGUGGAAUUCUCUGGGAGAGACCCCCCGGCUAAAAUCCACGUCAUUGGGGGAUUGGAGAGAUUUGGCCUGAGCAGAAUUUAUGACAUUUGGAAGCUCAGCCUACCUGCAGACGUCAGGAAAAACUCAAACCUGGUGAUUGAGGAUUCCUUCAUCAAAAAAUGGGAAGAAUCCGAGGGAUUGGUGGGGCUGAAGGAAUACGCGGCGCGCGUGGACGACAGAGAGCUGGAGGUGAAGAUUUCCAUCGUGGAGAAAUACAGGGAGAGGAUCCCGGGGCUGGUGACGAGGAUCAAAGGGAGCCACGUGUCCCAGGAAUCCCUGGCAGAUUUUCUCAUCGGGACCGUGCACCAAGCCAAGGGCCUGGAAUUCGACACCGUUUGCGUCGCGGAUGAUUUUGUGCAAAUCCCUUCUGUCAGUGGGGCUUUCCUGAGGAGAAUGAACAUUGCUCUUGAGCGACGGCAGCCAGGAUCCAGGGGGGUUCCUUUGCCAGGCUUGCACCCAGAUGUUCUUCGGCUCCCUGACUCCACUCACCUCUUUCCCAACAAUCCAGUAGGAGCCCAUCCAGCUCUAACAAAGCUUCCAGCUUCCCAGAGCUAUCCUGGAUGUGGGACAAAUCCUUUGGCACAUCCCAGCUCCAGAAUCAGGUGGAUGUUGGAGCAGGAUUUUCCCAGCUCCAAAUUCCAGGUGAAUGUUGGAACAAAAUGUUCCGAGCUCCAGAGGAACUUCCAGGCUCCCUGGGGAUGAUGUGAUGCCUUUCCUCCAGCCCUGCCUCAUCCUCCAGGAGCUGGGAAUGGGAUAUCCAGAGGAAUCUGCACUUCAGGCAUGGAUCAGACAGAACAGGGUUAAUUUUGGAACAUUCCCUCUCUUCCCCCUGUCACCAGGAGGAUAAUCCUGAAUAUCUCAUCAUUCCUGGAAAUCCCUCUGACCCACUGGAAAAAGAGGAAACACAACACUGGAAAGUAUCCAAAGGAAGUUUAUUUCUUGGAAAUGAACUGUUCCUGUCCAGCCCUGGGAGGAAAUCAUGACUCUCUCUCAAUGAAUUAAUUUUCCAUCCUUGCGGCUGAAGGGUUUCCCUGGAUUCUUUCCCUUCUCCCUGCAGCCAACCAGGAAGGAAGAAAUGAGGCAGCAGCAGAAAAAUUCCUUUGGAUUGGUUCCAGCCAAACUCAGGGACAAACUGGAGGGGGAUUUCCAAUCCUAAAAUUAAAUUUAUAGCCAAAAAAAGCCUUAACACUUCCUUUAUGUCUCUUCCCUGCCCUUAAAUACCCUUCAUUUCCCAGGAAUGCUCAGGUGGAUCACGCUCUCAGUGCACUGUGCCACAAUUCCAGAGCCUGUGCCAUGGGAAACCAAAACUGAAAGUGGUUUUAGGAAUCUGCCCUUGGACACAAACUGGAGCUGUGGGCUGUGCCUGCUGCAGGAAUCUCAGACAUCCUGUUUUUUUUCCAUUCAUGGAGCUGCUUCCCUCCCUGUCCUUUCACUAUCGAAGCUGACUCCAGGAAUGCAUUCCCAUGGUGGGCAGGAAUUCUCCCAAACCCUUGGAUCUGGAUGGAAGCACAAAGCCUGGAUUGGGCAUUGGACCAGGCACCUCCAGUGCUCCCUCCCAAGUUCCUUGGGAACAGGGAUGUGCCCAGUGCUGUGCCUGUCACACGUCCCGGGAUCAGAGGCACAAACAGGACAAGAGCAGCAAGGAAAAGCCAUGGAAUUUCAGCUGUUGGAUCCCUACUGCUUCCCAAGCUUUUUGAGAACUGGCAGCUUCAGAGGAUGGGAAUGAACCCCUCAUUUCCGUGCUGUCCACUGGGAAUGCCCUUGGUGCUGUGGGGAUGGAUUCAUCCCAAUCCAGUCCUUCCCAGCUGAGACACCCAGUUAAAGAAUCCACUGCUCUGUUAUUUUCUAUAUAAAAUAUAUUUAUUUAUACAUAAAAAUAAAUAGCUGUCUUUUCCAGAG